AUGUUUGCUGACCUGCUCCAGAGGAUUGAACAUGACAUCGACAAGAUAGGGAAUGAACUAUGGAACAUUGAUGGUCCAGAAGACCUUCUCGACAACAUAUUUGAGAAACUCUCAUCGUUGAAAGCGAGAGUUGAAGUUCGGAAAUCAUUACAGGGUACUGCAAACCUGUUACGACGGCAACCAUCGGACAAGGCUCUUCCGAAGCAGCAAGCUACAAAAGUGAAGCAUUUCAUUCGCUUCGUUUUCCGAAAGGAUAGUCGUGAAGAAGGCAGGCGCCGGCAGCUGCGCGACUUGGAUUGCGAUACUCUAAAAUUCUGCGGGUUAUCUUAUUCCACGGAAGAAAUCAUCAAAUUGGAUGACGCCGAAUUUGAGGUCCUGCGGAGACAUGGAGAAGAAUUCUUUCAUCGUCGUGCACUUGCUCGCCUCUUAUAUCGCCCCGACGUGGACAAGGCUGUUGAUGCCAAGUUCGAGGACCCCGACGACGACGGGUCAUACGAGACAUUCAUUCAAAGUAAUAACUCUGUGGGCUUACCGAAGGAUGUCUAG